UGGGACGGCAAGGGGAACGGGACUCUGGCUUACCUCUGUUGGCAAUGAGUUUGGUCAGGUGCUCAUAAGUGUGCUGACAGCCCAGGAAGGAGCGGGACUGGACAUGAUGGUAAGAUGGCUUGGUGAAAAGGUACCAGCAGGCUGGCGUGGAUCCACCUGCUGUUUUGUAUGUGGACUGUGGCUGCUGCACUGAGGUGGGCGAGACCAAGCUGAAAACCAGGUUCAGAGGUUGGCCAGAUCUCAUGAUACGCUUGGACGUCUGGCAUUUUAUGCGCAGGAUUGCCUUGGGGUGUACAACUGAUGCCCAUCAGCUGUAUCCCAUCUUCAUGUCACGGAUGUUAGCGUGCAUUUUUGAGUGGGAUGCGGCUGAUGUUGCUAUGCUUCGCAAAGCAAAGAGAGAGCUGCUGAUGUCCCAGGGUUGGCCUGCGCUGACAGAUGAAGAUGUCAACAAGCAUCUUACCAGGGAGGAGCUGGCUCUCCAUUGCCGGAGGAGGACCCAUGGAGAGGAGACUACCAUCCUUCUCUUUGAGCGGCUGCUUACAGAGCUCCUGAGCAGCAAGGGCAAUGACUCCCUGGGUGUUCCUCUCCUGGACAGAGAAAGGAUGGAGCACAUCUGGAGUGUCCAGAAGAAGCACAUCAAAUGUAUCCAAGACCACCCUGGUGUUGUGCUCUAUACAGAGACAGGGAGCUUAACCAAGGGAGGUGUGCUUCUGAAGACAUACAGAUGUGCCAGAGGCUCCACUUCUCUUGAGUCCUUUCAUUUACACCUGAACCGUUUCAUCCCAGGGACCAGUGCCAACAGUCUGAACUUUCAGAUUUAUCUGUUGGAGGGACUACACAGGUGGAACCAGGACCGGGAGGCUGCUUCCCUGUCAUCGGAGCCAUCAGCUUUGCGCAGUUACACAGGAGAACUUGUUCACUGUGUGAACAGCAAUUAUGAAAAGCUGUUUGGCAGGAAAGUGGUCCCCACGUUUUGUCCCCCUGCACGUUACACUGGUGAGCUCAUUGGAGUGCAGUAUCUGUUCCAGCAGACUGGUCAGGCACUGCAGGACAUGAAUCCAGACUCUGAGCAGACUGCAGAGCUCAUUGAGGACCUCAGUGUGGAGGAGCGGGAUGAAGAUGAGGGCUUCUGUGAAAUUAGCGAGGAUCACACCAUAACAGAUCCAGAGACUGUUCUGUCACCACCCUCCUCCACUCUGACACUGGAUUCUUCCACCCUGGUCACCAGCAGUGCCACCUGCAUCCUGGGCUCCUCAUCCCCUUCACUGGUCCCUGACCCCACACAUGGCCUCAGAAAGUCUCCAUCACCUGGACCCUCAGGGACUGCUGUCCCAACUGUUUCACCUCUUCCAUCGGAGCCAGAGGAUGAUGAUGAUGAUGACGAUGAUGAUAGAGAGAUGGCUGUUGACCACCAAAAUGUGCCAGGAUUCCAACAUGUGGACAGGCUGGCGGAAUAUCUGGUGGAGCUUCGGAAUCACACAGCUCUCAGUCUGACAAAUCAGGAAGCCAACACCAUUAUUGGACUUUGGCAGAACCUGGAUGAACGGGACAAACAACGUGUGGUCUACGCAUCUCGAUACCAGAGGAGACUGCUGAGUAGACGCUUCAGGGUACCAAAGAGGCCCACUCACCCUGGUGUAGAGAGCACCACCAGAUGUGUGCUGGGUGCAAGCAGUGCACCUGCACAGUGGCCUGACUGUUGCCGUCUGGUGGAGACGAUCUUCAUCAGGCUUUGCUCUAUCCAUCCAAGUCCUCAAAGAAAGGGCAAGGGAACCCUCUCAAGAUGGUCUUUGAUCCUGCAAGACUAUCGAAGGAUUAGGCAGCUUGUUCUUGGUAAUGGCUUGGUGAUGGGAGGAACAUCACUGCAGCUGGUGGAGGUGAACCAGAACACCCUGAUUAACUGGCAUAAUAACAGACAGAAAAAGCAGGAGCUGUCUGUGCUGCUUCAGGGCAUUCAGUUGCCUCAACACCUCCCCGAAGCUCAGGAGCCUCUCCAGGCUGCCAAACGCCUACACACUGAGCCAGAACAACCUGGGGACCAGCACCAGUACAAGCUACCAGAGAGCACAGCAGGUCAGGCAAAGCAGAGGCAGACUUCUGUUGGGCGGCCCCCUCUCAGACCCAAGGCACCAGUGCAGAGCCAGAUGUUGGUUACACCAUCAGCACCUGGAGCAUCACUGCAGAUGGUACCAAAUCUGCUUAUACCUGCAGGUAUCCAGGGUGUGCCGAUGUUUCAGGGUGUGCCAAUGUUCCAGGGAGUGCAAAUGGUCCAGGGAAUGCCGAUGGUCAUGCCAAUUAUCCAACCAAUGUUACAGCCAACAGCUGUACAGGGCAUCAGCUCGCACCCUGUUGCACCAGCUGCCAAUCCAGGAGCUGUGCCCAAGAGACCCUACAACAGAACUGUAGAAGCAAACACCUGUAAAAAGUGUGGGCAAUUUAAAACUAGUGCAACAGGACAUAGCCAGUACAGAGGCAGGGUGUACUUCCCACAGACUGAGACUGUUACCAAAGAGGCGUGGUUAGAGGAAAUGCGGAGGACCAUUUCCAAAUAAUCUACAUAUGCAUAUAUAGAUAUAUAUAAUAUUGUAUAUAUACUGCUAAUAUAUAUUGUGAACAGUUGUAAAUAGUUGAGUUCACCAUUGGUAAUACUUGUUUUGAAUAUUAUUUACCUUAUUUAAAUUUUUUCAUGUCAUUUAACUUUUUAUUUAUUGUUUUUGAAAACUUAUUUAACUUUUCAUUUAACUUAUUUGUUUUUAAAAAAGUAUUUAACA